UACAAAAAAAACAGGAUGAAGGGAAAGUUUGGUGGGAAAUGCAUGACUACUGUGACGACAAGUUCUAUAAAAACAUCCUUUUCAACUUACCUUUAAGUGACUGUGAUGAUGGUAUAGUUUUUUAUAUAUUCAAUGAUAAAUCAUUUCCUUCAACUAUGAGUUUCCUUGAAAAAACUGGGAUAAUUGGACUCUACACAACAUGUGUUUACGUUGUGUCUCGCCUCAUCAGGUCGUUAAUAGCCAACAACCACCGUCGAAUAAUGUUUGAGGACUUACCAUACGUAGACCGAAUACUGAAGCUGUGCAACGACAUCUACUUGGUUCGGGAGACUAAGGAGUAUCGUUUGGAAGAAGAUUUGUAUGGUAAACUUAUAUUUCUCUAUAGAUCACCGGAAACCCUAAUUAAAUGGACGCGGUACAAAGAAGAGUUUAUAGACGAUAAUUCAGAACGCAGCACCAGAAAAGCACAGCACAGCGGUUUAGAUGAAAAUGAUCAAAAUUCACAGCCAUCUCAAUCGACAUUACCUACAUAGCUACCAUAUUA